GGUUUGGAACAAAUGACAUUCACGCAGUGAAAGGAGUUUUUAUUUACUUCCAAAGUUUGUUUCCUUUUUGUUUCCUCCACACAACACAUGGAUGAUGAUAGAAGAGAAGUGAGAUACCAUACGCCAUCGAGUCAGUGCAAAAGUCAAGUCUUUCUCUUUUGAGUUUGAAAGAGAGAAUGAUCACCAAAAAGCCAUUAACCUCACUGUUCAAAUUUUCCAUUCCUAUCACUCAUACACUUCUUCUUCAAUAAUGGACCCUCUCCAUGGCUUCUAACACCAUGGCCAUGGAAGAAUGUGAUCAUAAGCUCCACGUGGCAGUUGGGAGGUCGUUGAAAAAAGCUGCAACUUUGCUUCAAUGGUGUUUCACUCAUUUUAGGAACACACACAUUCACUUGCUUCAUGUUUACCAACCUUCUACUAUGAUUCCCACUCUAUUGGGAAAAUUGCCAGCAUCCCAAGCUAAUCCUAUAGUCGUGUCUGCUUAUAGAAUAGAGGAGAGAGAAGAGACCAAGAGGCUUUUGGAGAAGUACUUGAGCCUUUGUCGUGCAGCCAAGGUUAAGGCAAGUAGUGUCAUGGGUGAAGCUGAUCAAGUGCAGAAAGGGAUUGUCGAUUUGAUGAUUAGGCAUGAUAUCAGGAAACUAGUUAUUGGAGGAAUACCGGAAAAUUGACAAGUUCUUAUGGAUUGGAAAGGUCGAUGUUUUCUCUUAUCUCUAUCUAUCUUUUCUGUAGAGACUAACAUAUCUAUACCUUUGUCUGCUCUGAUAACUUGAACCAUACAAUCUACAUCAAUCAUAAAAUUUUGUACCUUUUCAUUCAUAAAAGGGAUGAAUAAAUUUUUCCACUUACAAAAACAAUGGAAAAAUGCAGUUGCAUGAAAGUCAAAAGGAAGUCCAGCAAAGCAAAUUAUGUUGCUAAAAAUGCUCCCCCAUUCUGUGAAAUAUGGUUUGUCUAUAAAGGUAAACAUAUAUGGACAAGAGAAGCUUCUGAAACUCCUCGGUCUUUGUCUUCAUGUGCUCAACCCGAGACUGCAGAGAGCUUAAGAAGUAGAUCUUUCCAAUAUGGUAUGAAUGAAUUAUUCGAUUUAGAAUGUCUUCAGUCAAAUUCUGCAAGGACAACAACAAGUACAGUUCAGAGUGAAAUCAUUGAAAAAGAAGCUACUUUUUCUUCCAAAUCAUCCAGUUGUACUAGUCAUUGUUCUCUCCAACAUCUGGAUGGGAGGUAUUUAGAUACUCAUUCAGAGAUUGAGGAAGAGACAAUCAAUAGUCAACUUAUUGAAGCCGAAAGAGAAACUAAUGCUGCCACAGACAAUGCCUUAACAGAGCUGUUGAAGUGCAAAAGGUUGGAAGUCAAAGCCAUUGAAGCCAUAAGUAAGGUCAAUUUGUUUGAGUCUGCCCAUGCACAUGAAGUAAAGCUCAGAAAAGAGGCUGAGGAUGCACUGAGAGAUACAUUACAUGAGCAGCAGAAGUUCUUGGAUGAGAAAGAAGAAAUUGCUACUGAGCUGCAAAGGACCAUGAGAAGUAUUUCCCUUCUAAGCAGUUGUGCACAUGAAACCAACCGUAGGAGAGAUGAAGCUGCAGAUGAACUAUCAAUAAUUCAAGCUUCCAUCUCAAACUUAUGGCAUGAAAAACAGCAGAUCAGCCGACAGAAAAUGGAAGCACUACGCUGGCUUGAGCGGUGGAGAAGUCGUGGACAUGUUGCAGCAGAUCCCUGCAAUGGGAUCAUUGGAUUUGCUGAAGAUUUCCCUGAGCUAGCAGAAUUUUCAUUAGCUGAUCUUCAAAAUGCCACAUGCAAUUUUUCUGAGAGCUUCAAGAUUAGGGAGGGUGGGUAUGGUUCUAUUUAUAAGGGGGAAAUGUUGGGUAGAACUGUUGCUAUAAGGAAGCUCCAUCCACAUAACAUGCAAGGAUCAGCAGAGUUUCAUCAAGAGGUUCAAGUUCUUGGUAGUGUCCAGCAUCCUCAUCUGGUAACCUUGCUUGGUGUUUGUCCUGGAGCCUGGUCACUUGUGUAUGAGUACUUGCCCAAUGGAAGUCUCCAAGACUACCUAUCAAGAAAAGGCAGUCUUCUCCCUUUGACAUGGAAUAUCCGAGCACGAUGGAUUGCUGAAAUUGCUACAACUCUAUGCUUCUUACAUUCUUCCAAACCUGAAACUAUUAUCCAUGGUGAUCUGAAGCUUGAAACUGUCCUUCUUGAUUCAGCACUUAGUUGCAAGAUAUGUGAAUUUGGGUUCAGCAGGGUGGUGAAAGAGGAGUCACUCUAUCUACCUAGUUUUCGCUUCAGCAAUGAGCCAAAGGGUUCCUUUACAUAUACAGAUCCCGAGUUUCAGAGAACUGGAGUACUAACACCUAAGUCUGACAUAUACUCUUUUGGCCUCAUCAUUUUGCAACUCCUCACUGGUAGGACUCCAGUUGGACUUGCUGGUGAAGUACGCAAAGCAGUUUCAUGUGGAAAAUUAUCUUCAAUUUUGGACUCUUCAGCUGGAGAAUGGAAUUCCACUAUGGUAACACAAUUGGUUGAACUAGGAUUGCAAUGCUGCCAACCAAAGAGUAGAGACAGACCAGAGUUAACACCUUCUCUAGUGAAGGAAUUGGAGCAGUUGCAUGCUUUAGAAGAGCGACCAGUGCCAUCAUUUUUCUUGUGUCCAAUCCUUCAGGAAAUAAUGUAUGAUCCUCAAGUUGCAGCAGACGGAUUUACUUAUGAAGCGAAGGCCAUAUGUGAAUGGCUGGAAAAUGGACGCAAUACUUCUCCUAUGACUAAUUUAAAAUUGAGUCACCUGCAUCUCACUCCCAAUCAUGCACUUCGACUUGCUAUCCAAGGCUGGCUUUGCAAAUCUUGAAGUUUCAUUAAUUCAUUAAUCUAUGUUGUAAAUAUCUGCAUGUAUAUUUUUGCAUAAUUGUUUUGCCUUUCUUUAUUGCUUUCUAGCUCAAAUCAAUCAUUGUUAAGAUUUUAGUGAUACUAGGUUAGUUGGUUUGCUGUUGUUUAUGCUUUCCUGAAUCACUCUGGUACGUUCAAACUGACCUAUUGUACAAUCAGAAUUGCAAUUGUCAGCUUAGAGAAUUUUGUGUGGAGAUGAACCCAAAUUCUUUGAAUCUUGUAAUACAUGAGUUGCUGAAAUAGUAAAAUCCUAGGAAAUUGGUUUAUU